UCCCGGUCCACCGAUUCAUUUACCGGGAAUGACACCCGUGGAUGACGGCAGAAUGUAACAGAGGCCGAGGUCCAAAGUAGACAACCAAAGCCUACAACUCAUUCUCAACAGUCAUCAAGCUCAAUGCCACUUUUACCUUCAAAGGCUCCGUGCCUUCCUGCCCCGAUCUCUCUGCUGUAGACCGACGUAGCAAUUUCAACACUUCAUCGCCUUGUUCUCGACCGAAGUUGAUCCUCGUCCUAUCCACUGCAACUCCCCUGAACAUUCCCUUUGCUGCUUGCACGGCAGCCGAGGCUCUGAGUCGAAGACCCCGACUCACAUUUGCCCCAUUGCAGCCAACAUGGUGGCCCAGUCCAAACCAGUCGCUACGCUUUCCCCGUGGGGGCGUGCCAUGGCCGGAGCGUCAGGGGCUGUCCUAGCGAAUGCACUCGUUUAUCCUCUGGACAUAGUCAAAACGCGUCUUCAAGUGCAGGUCAAGGCACGCCCAUCGCCCACAGCCUCGGACCCUCCGUCCUCGCUAGGGGAGGAAAUGCACUACACAUCCACGUGGGAUGCAAUUUCGAAGAUUGUCGCCGAAGAGGGCCUGUCAGGCCUCUAUGCGGGAAUGAAUGCUUCGCUCGUUGGUGUCGCGUCCACUAAUUUCGCCUAUUUUUACUGGUAUUCCAUCGUGCGUACCCUCUAUGUGAAGACCUCGAAAGUUGCAGGGCCUCCGUCCACUUUUGUCGAACUCUCUCUUGGAGCUACUGCUGGAGCCAUUGCCCAGCUAUUCACAAUUCCGGUUGCUGUCGUCACCACACGGCAACAAACACAGCACAAAUGUGAGAGGAAAGGGUUCUUCGAAACAGCGAGAGAGGUGAUUGAUGGUGAUGAUGGGUUUUUCGGCCUUUGGAGAGGGCUGAAGGCAAGCCUCGUACUCGUGGUGAACCCAGCCAUCACAUACGGAGCCUAUGAGAGGUUAAAGGACAGUCUAUUCCCCGGAAAGAAGAACCUGCGGCCGUGGGAGGCCUUCGUAUUAGGCUCCAUGUCCAAGGCACUGGCGACAAUUGUGACCCAGCCACUUAUUGUUGCUAAAGUAGGCCUGCAAUCUCGCCCACCACGGGAAAGACAAGGACGACCAUUCAGCACCUUUGGCGAGGUCAUGAAGUUCAUUGUGGACCGGGAAGGGCCCUCUGGCCUAUUCAAGGGCAUUGGGCCUCAGAUUCUGAAAGGCCUUCUAGUUCAAGGCAUCCUAAUGAUGUCAAAAGAGCGCAUGGAACUGAUGUUGCUCCUGUUUAUGCGAUACAUAAAGACCAUGCACGUGAGUCACCUAAACAAGUUGUCCGCAAGCCGGAGCCAAGUGGUUCAGCAUGUGGCACAAACAAAGCUCCUUAUGCAGAGGUGAGGUGUUAUGCACACAUGAUUGUGGCAUACUCUGAAUACGCCUGUGUCAGGACUUGUGGCAGCGGAAAGUACUCUACCCACAGGUUGUAUACAUUUGUUGCUCAGGAGUUGCUCUCAGAAGUUUGAAUACAGGAUUGGAUGGCGGCAUGAUUGGGAUGUUGUGGGUUUCAUAUCUUCGCGCAUUAGUCAAUCUGUUCAGAGUAGCAAGUUAGCACUUGUUAGACGUUGCCUCCAGGAAGUGAAGGGCUCUUGUUUGCCUGCUUGUCUCUGGAUUUGAGUCUCGAAAGGAUGUCCAAAAUGAUGCAGGAGAAAAUUGUAAUACAGGAGGUCAACCUAACUACACACACACAAUUACGCACAAUACAUCAUUUCU